UAUAUUUCACAUUCACUCUUUCUCUCUUUAAUUAUCUCAAUUGCUAAUUAAAUUCGACCGAUCGAUCUGAUAAUUAAUUAAUCAUGGUUCUCUCCAAAACCGCAUCCCAGACUGAUGUUUCUGUUCAUUCCACAUUCGCAUCACGAUAUGUCAAAAGCUCGCUUCCUAGAUUCAAAAUUUCGGAAAAUUCCAUACCUAAGGAGGCCGCAUAUCAGAUAAUCAACGACGAGCUGAUGCUUGAUGGAAAUCCGAGGCUGAAUCUAGCCUCUUUCGUCACAACUUGGAUGGAACCCGAGUGCGAUAAACUAAUCAUGGCCGCAGUUAACAAGAACUAUGUUGACAUGGACGAGUAUCCCGUCACAACCGAGCUUCAGAAUCGUUGUGUAAACAUAAUUGCCGAUCUUUUUCACGCCCCACUUGGGGAAGGUGAAGCCGCGGUUGGAGUAGGGACAGUGGGAUCAUCUGAGGCAAUAAUGCUUGCCGGUUUAGCUUUCAAGAGAAAAUGGCAAAACAAAAUGAAAGCUCUUGGAAAACCUUUUGACAAACCAAACAUUGUCACCGGUGCUAAUGUGCAGGUAUGUUGGGAGAAAUUUGCUCGAUACUUUGAAGUAGAAUUGAAGGAAGUGAAGCUAAAAGAAGGGUACUAUGUAAUGGACCCGGUUAAAGCUGCGGAAAUGGUCGAUGAGAACACUAUAUGUGUCGCGGCCAUCCUCGGUUCCACUCUUAAUGGCGAGUUUGAGGAUGUCAAGCUUCUAAAUGACCUCUUGGUCGAAAAGAAUAGCCAAACAGGAUGGGAUACCCCGAUUCACGUGGAUGCUGCUAGUGGCGGUUUUAUCGCCCCGUUUUUGUACCCGGAGUUGGAGUGGGACUUCAGGCUGCCCUUAGUAAAGAGUAUAAAUGUGAGUGGUCAUAAGUAUGGGCUUGUUUAUGCUGGAAUAGGUUGGGCCAUUUGGAGGAGCAAAGAGGACUUACCCGAGGAGCUCAUUUUCCAUAUUAACUAUCUUGGAGCUGAUCAACCAACUUUUACUCUCAAUUUCUCCAAAGGGUCUAGUCAAGUUAUUGCUCAAUAUUAUCAACUCAUUCGCUUGGGUUUUGAGGGAUACCAAAACAUAAUGGAAAAUUGCCAAGAAAACGCGAUGGUACUAAAGGAAGGACUCGAGAAGACAGGGCGUUUCGACAUAGUGUCGAAGGACAAGGGUGUUCCUUUGGUGGCUUUCUCGCUUAAGGAUAACACUCAACACACCGAGUUUGAGGUUUCGGACAUGCUUAGACGAUUUGGAUGGAUCGUGCCGGCUUACACCAUGCCGGCGGAUGCCCAACACAUAACCGUGUUGCGUGUGGUGGUUAGGGAAGAUUUUUCGAGGACUCUGGCGGAGCGUUUAGUGUCGGAUAUCGAAAAGGUCCUCCGUGAGCUCGACACACUUCCGGCUAGGAUUAACUUUAAGAGGGAGAUGACGGAGAAGAAGGAGGGGGGAAAUGGGAAGAACAAGAAGAGUGAAAUAGAGCUCAUGGGAGAGAUUACUGCAGCUUGGAAGAAGUUUGUCGUUGACAAGAAGAAGACAAGUGGUGUUUGCUAGAACACUCAAAUCCAUGAGUUAUUAUUAUUGUGUUUGGAUGAUUUCUUUUUAUUGUACUUAAUUUAUAAUCUUGAGACUAUCUAAUCUCAUUUGUAUGCAAUGUUUUUUACCCUUAAUUAUGAGAGUAUUAUGUUUACU